AUGCCAACCCCUGCAUACCGAUCUUACGGCCGUCCACCAGACUAUUGGACCGAAGUGCCAGCCUGGCCGGUUUCUCAACCCGCUAGCACCAACCACGGCAUGCCGAAUGGUGUUGGCCCCAGCUCAACACUGACCUGUAGCAGCAACCAUCCCAACAUGUCCCAUUCGGCUGACGCAGGGACUAGACAAACAUCGCCUAUAUUACAUUGGCCGUGUGAAUUUAUGAACCCAUCCUGCGACCAGGAGAUCUCCAUCCUGUCGCCUGACAGUGCCAAUCACCAGAAUGUCUCUACAAUUUCGUCGCCUAUAUUCAGAGGUGAGAAGAACAGCGAGAGACCUCCUUCCCAUCUGCCCAACAACCUGCCCGCGAAUCCUCACAGGAGAAACCAAAAUAUGAUAACUUCUAGCAGCAUUCCGCAAAAUUUCAGCAACAAUGAGUCCGGAAUGGUAUGUCCGGAUGAUACACUUUUGGAAGAUAACGCUGCGACCUUGGGUAAUUGGACAACUCCAAACACUUUGUUGGAAGCCGUGACACCAAUCUUCAAUGAGCAAUUGUUAUCGCCUGCCGUGAGCUACAGGGAAGACGAGUUUGGAGCAUUAUUGCCUGCGAAUGAUUUGCCGGGAUUUCAGCCUGACCCCGAUUUCGAUCUGUUCGAGCUUCACCCGGAUUUUGUUCCGCCAGAACAAUAUUCUCUCCACCCAACACCAGGGUAUGCUCCCCUGCCUGAGUGGGAUAUCCCGGUCGAGAAUCGGUUGCAAAGUCUGACCAAUCCUCUCGUCCAUUCAUCGAGUCUUUGCCAGCAUUCUUUUUCUCACCAACAAGGUGAAUCAUGGCCGCUCGUUGGGGCAGGAGGCCAUGUCCAAAGCCUUUGGGCGACGCCGCUUCCUGUUGAUGUGCCUUCUUCGAGACAAGGUGUUGCUCCAGGAGCGAGCAACAAACAAUGGGGAGGAAGGAGCGGGCAGAGAGACACCUCAAAGGAUGAUUUUCUUGUACAGUGCAAAUCACAGGGCAUGUCAUACAAGCAGAUCAAAGAGUUGGGGGCCUUUGACGAAGCGGAAUCAACUCUGCGAGGGAGGUAUCGAGUUUUGACCAAACCAAAAGAGGCACGACUUAGAAAACCCGAAUGGGGAGAACGAGAAAUACAGCUGCUGUUCGAAGGAGUGUCACAAUGCUCCAAGUCUAAUCCUGACGCUGGCAGACAAUCCGCGGAACUCGAUGCGGUCUCUAUAGGUCAAUUUGUGAGCAAGGUACCCUGGAAGCAAGUUGCUGAAUUCAUGGAACGUCGAGGCGCCUAUAGGUAUGGGAAUGCCACGGCAAAGAAAAAAUACCUAGAGCUCCUGAAGGCUCGAGGUAUUCCGGUCUCCGUAUCCAGAAAUGAAGCCGGCAAUGUUGGAAAUGAUAUGACAUCGACCGAAAUCGUGAACGAACAGGUUCCUCAGGUCUGA